UCAAGCAAUGAACAGGUUUGUUGAGCAUCAGAUGCUCACGACCUUUAAAGAGUUUCGGACCGACUGUCAUAGACAUUUCAAAAAGUACAGCGACCCGGAGGAGGCUCGUGCCAACCCACCAAACGCAUUGGUUGGACGUGAUGAGGAUUGGCACUUCCUCUGCGACCAUUAUAUCAACCGUGCAUUCCAGGAGCAAUCACGGACAAACAAGGCUGCUAAACAGAAGCAGCCUUACAAUCAUAGUAGCGGGUCCAAGUCGUUUCUACAACGACAGUAUGAGCUCACUGAAAGAAGAUGGCAGCCGGUCGAUCGUAUAAUCUCUCGAUCAUUACUUAAUCAUUCAGAUUACUCAUCAUUUAGUUCAUCAGAGAUCAACACAUUGAGACCAUAG